CUCAGCACGGGGAUCAGCGGCUCGCCGCGGCAGUGCUCGUCCACAGUAGGCAGCCGGGACUCUUCCAGUGGCUCGGUCGCAGCAGUCUCAGCACGCUGUCGAGCGAGUCGCGCGCACGCCUAUGGCGAAGCGCAUCGGCUCCACGUUCGUCGACGCGCGGAACAGCGGCAAGCGCCGAUCCCUGCAGUGCUGAUCAAGCGUCUGCCAGCAUGAGUCUCGCCUGCAGCAGCGACGCCGGUCACGAGCAAAGCGACAGAGCACCGUUAGUAGGCAGCAGCGUCCAGUCCGAGGAGGGCCAGAUCGGCGACGAGCGGUCGCCCCGUGCCUCCAAGUUGCGCAGGGUGGCCUCGCAGCUCUGCGGCGUGCUCGCCUCCGGCUGCCUCCGGUUCACUACCAGCUCCUUCACCGGCUUCCACAUCAUUCUCAUCGCCGAGCUGCAUGGCCCGAGCCCCAGCGUGCCCGUCACUCUGGAUCAGCUGACUUGGUUUGCAAGCCUAAGCUUCCCGAGCAUCCUGGGCUCGGUGGCCAACGGCUUCGUCACACAGCGCCUGGGCAGUCGGGUGGUGAUGCUCUCGUCCACGCUGCUGCUCGCGACCUGCUGGCUGCUGUACCACUUCGCGACGAGCGUGACGAUGCUGCUGCUCGGGCGCGUGCUCUACGCGGUGACCGCCGGCGCCGUGAAGACGCCCUCGAGCACCUACAUCACGGAGAUCAGCCAGGCCCACCUGCGCGGCUCGUUUCUCGCGAGCAGCCACCUGGCCGCCACCUUCGGCGCCUUCUUCUCGCUGCUGCUCGCCAGCAUGGUCCACUGGCGCACGGUCGCUCUGGUCAACCUCGUCUUUCCCCUCGUCACCGCCGUGGCCGUGCUCCUCACGCCCGACAGCCCCGUCUGGCUGGCCAGCAAGGGGCGUCUCGACGACGCGGAGCGCGCGCUCUCGUGGCUGCGCGGCUGGGUGCGGCCGGUGGACGUGCGCGCCGAGUACCGCGCGCUCGUGGACAACGUGCGGCGCGCGCCGCCCGAGGAGGAGCGCGCCCCCGGCUGGUCGCGGCGCCUCCGCCGCCACUUCCGAGCCUUCCUGCGACGCUCCUUCUACCUGCCGCUCGGCACCAUCUCGCUCGUCUUCGGUCUGCACUUCCUCAGCGGCGUGGCCGCCAUACAGACCUACUCCGGGGUGCUCUUCGCCAAGAUGCACUCGCCGUUCCGCGAGUCCAUCGCCACCGCGGCCAUGGGCGCCACCCGAGUCCUGGGAGCGCUCAUCAUCCUCUUCUGCAUCCAGUGCGCGGGCAAGCGCAAGCUCGUCUUCUUCUCGCUCGUCGUGGCCGGCCUCUGUCACCUGCUCGUCGCGCUCCUCGGCUUCCUCGAUCUGGAGGCCGAGUACCUGUGGGCCUCGCCGAUCCUCGUAAUCGUGGCGGUGUUCGCCAACGCCGCGGGCGUCGAGACCAUCGUGCACAUGCUCAACAGUGAGAUUUUCCCAGUGUCCGUGCGCUACAUCGGCUCGGCGAUCGGCAGCUCGAUCAGUGCCGUCAUUGCGUCGAUCGUCAACAAGGUUUUCCUGUACGUCGUUGACGGCAUCACGCUGCCGGCUGUCUUCCUGUUCUUCGCUGUGGUCAAUGCAGUCGCGCUGCUCACUUACUACUUCCUCUUUCCUGAGACCGAAGGCAGGUCGUUGAAAGAGAUCGAGGAUCACUUUACGGGAAUUAGAGACUUGAAUGAGCCUAAAAAUUAAUGUCCUUGUCGGUUAACUACCUCGUCAGAUCUCCUGCCAAAGCAUCGACGUUCCAUAGCUGUGUCCAAGAUUGCAAAUUCUCCAGAUAAUUUUGCAGCAAAUCUCAAGAGUUUCUUUCUUUUAAUUCUCGUCUUUUAUAGAUCGAGCCAAUUUGGCGGAAGUAAUGCACAACUUAUUUGUAUAAUGUACGAAUAGAAAGGCUGCUUUCUUCAACGUUUACAUUAUUUCUAUAAAAAUUAUUAUAUACUUGGCAAAUGUCACUCGUGGCUUCUGCAAAAAUCUUCGUUUUAAUUGUUUCAUAUGUACCACCCAUUCAUCACUUAAUGCAAAUGUUUUCAUUGCAAAAUACCUACAUUGUGCCGAAUAAAAACAAAAAUCGUGCUACAUUUAACGUGUUACUUGACUUGAUUACGUUGCACGCAAUUCUAGCUCUAGCUAUAUAUAACAGACGUGCAGGAUGAACAGCAGCAAACUUGGCGCCAACGAUCUCACAUACAUUAAUUGGCAUUUUUUCGGUGCGAACAAAAGCACCUAUUUGCGCCUCCUAAUCUCCUCACGUCUUCCUUCGCAAAGCAGUUGUCAAUUGCAACAUUUCAGGUGGAUCGACAACUGAAGCAACAGCAGAUUUUCACAGCUUCAUUCCUCCAGUGGUUUUUUUAUUCAUCGAUGCUCAAUCCGCAUCUAUAUAGCCGCUUCUACAUUGAUGUAUUCCAAGAAAAAACAUUACUUUUCUAGUUGUCAUUUUCGUUGCACUCGGCAUAAUAAUUAAUAUGCAUUGAUUCUAUUUACAUAACAUAUAUAUACAUAUCUUAUGCGUGUCAGUCAUUAAACAUACAUUGGAAAAGCACAUCCCUAUAAUACCGAUAUAGCUCUUAUAUAGAUUCGAAAAUAAGCUAUAAGAGUUAUUUCCAAAUUAUACAUACAUUAUGUUGGCAAAAACGGAUUAAAUAAACUUUUUUAACGUAAAAACACUUGUU